AUGUCUCGCAAGGACUUUCAGCGUGAUCUGAGCCAAGCAGCCACCGCACAGUUUCCCUAUCUGAGUAAUAUCAAGGCGGGAGACAACGAUGAGUCGAUCACAUUCAGGUUUUCCCAUUGUACAGAGAAUAUCAAUAUCGAGUUUCAGGCCGUCAUAUCAGAUUCUAGCGACUACCCCCGAUCGCAUAUUUACUUCGUCUUCACAACCUCCGAUGACAUUCCGAAGGGUAUUACAACCGCUGUAGAGAGUGUCCAGCCUCUGCUCGAGGGAGCUUCGAUCACGAAACUGCUCACUACCAUUAGUCAAGUUGUCGAGAGCACCAUAUACGGGGAGGAUUCUUUAUUAGACAGUUUGGAGAAGGUGGGCAGUGAUGAUGAGGUUGAAUACGACUAUGAGGAUGAAGAUUGGGAAGCAACUAGCGAAGGCCAUGCUCUAGUGCCGAUGGAAUCUGGACCAGAGGCACGGUCGAUGCUCUGUCGUGAUCUUCGUGUUGCCAAAGAUGCAGGCUUCAGAUUGGGAUACCUGGGUAUUGCGACCGGUUCUGUAAUUGUUGCAGUAUCCUGCCGCGUCUCCAAACUAGGAAUCUCAGAGGACACUAUGCAGGCUUGGGAUGUCAAGCCGUCGGAGUACUUGGUGUUACUCCUUCGUUAUCCGUCAGUGUACCAGAAUCUGGAUGAACUUCUUCGCAACGCGGGGAAUCGAACGCCUUUGCUAAAGAUGUAUGUUGGCCUUUGCGCUUCAUACAAGCCCAGUCAUGAAGAUGCCAUCCGGGUAUUUCAAGGUAAAGCUGCGGAACAGCGGCAGGGUGAUGGUGCUGCAGGCAUAAGACCUUUGUUUAUUGACAAAGCAAUCAACUCUUUGCUCAACGAACGGCUUCUGGUCAUUACCAGUUAUCGAUUGAAACUUGGCCUUUCGUGGACAGGAGCAGAGUUGUACGCCCACCGGUUCCAAGGUAAGCCUUCCAAUGUCCAGGGCGAAUUGUUAAACGAGUAUUUCGAGCCGGACAAUUGGAGCAGCGCAACACCGGACUUACUACUAGCUGAUCAUGUUGCUGAUAGCAACCGUGACCAGCCCCGACUCUCACUACCGCUGCUUGCUAUGCAGUUUACCCUUCGCCAUUUUGUCAGGUGUACCGAGUUCUGCCUUGUCUGUCAUUGCAGGGUCUCCACGGAUUUUGAGGCUUUGAAACCAUACGUAUGUUCAAACAGUCUAUGCUUGUAUCAGUAUAUGGCGCUGGGAAUGGGCCCUAGUCUGGAAUACGAGAUCCUCUCGCAGCCCUAUGUCGUCGAUCUGCUCAUCAGUCUAGCCUACUCCCGGGCAAAAGCCGGUCGCCUCGAAGAUUUCCCUACUGGUCUUGGCAUGAAGGUCCCUGGUGGGAUCGGAUGGAUAGAACAACCCAAUUAUAAUCGCUAUUAUAAUCAGCCCCGCCAACAGCCAGUUGCGAAGCCCAGGCCCACCUCAGCGUUGUAUACUGCGGAGCUGGACUCGUCUAACCUGGUACUUCAUCUUGAACGUGCUGACAAAGUUCCUCCUCUUAAAGUCGGUGACUGGAUUGCAAUUACGAAUUUCGAAAGGGAUAAGGAUACCAACGGAAACAAUGCUAAUGCAAACGCCAACAACAUCUACCCUUACAACUACCAAGUGAACAAACAGCCUACUGGCCAGGGCCAGUGGCAUAGUCGGGUGCAGACCAUUGACGACCUACUUAUCCAACUCUCGUCUCCGAUAAACUACGGCGAUCUAGUUUCGGAGCCAAAGAUAGACAAUUCGAGGAAAGGGAAUAAGGAUAAUGUGCAAACUGUGGAAUUUGUGAUCUAUGACGCCAACUUCGAUAACUUGGACGACAAUGAGAAGCGGGGAGUGAUACCAUUACUUCUCAAUACCCUACCCAGCGUUGACGCCAUGACUCAGUAUCUCAGCAUGACUCCUGAUGGGGGAUCUCUUGCCUUGUGGAAAGACCUCAUCUCGCCGGCAGCGUUGGACGUGUUGAGAUGGAUUGUCGCAUCAAACCGCUCAUUUAUUAUGCUUGAUGGCGAUGACAAUCCCGAGCAUCUCAUCCCCGACAUGGAUGGAUAUGUCCAAUUCCGACUCGUCCAGGGAGCUCCAGAUAAAGAGCACAAAUUUGAAAACGCCGUCAAAAAGUAUACAAAUGAUUCAAAACAUCCGUCCAUAUUCACCUGGCAUGGCAGCGACCUGUGUAACUGGCACAGUAUUUUGCGCGAAGGCCUCAACUUUAAAUAUGUCGCGCACGGCCGGUCUGAAGGCCAUGGGGUCUAUAUGGCUCGAGAAUUUACUACCUCCACAAGUUACUGCUCGAAUGUCUACGGCGCCUACAAUAACUGGUCACAGAGUAAAUUGAAGAUCUCAAUGGUUCUCUCGCUGAACGAAGUCGUCAACGCGCCAAAGCAGUUUGUGUAUUCGCGAAGAUUCUACGUCGUCAACCAGUUGGACUGGAUUCAGCCGCGAUAUCUCUUCGUCCAGUGCCAGGAUGCUCCGCCCAGAUCCAAAGCGCCUGGGCCAUCCGUUGUCUACGAGCAGGACCCGGCACUCCCGGCCGUCGGCCCCUCUGGGCAAACUCUAUCUUUGCCAGCUUCGAGGAUCGGGGGACGGGGACAGCAAUUGCUUCAAAUGCCCAAGAAGACGAAGCGGCGCCGGACGAAGAAUAAUGACCCCGGGCCCGAGCCUGAGCCCGAGUCUGAACUGGAACCGAAGCCUGAUACUCCCUUAAAUGGCUUUACAGCGACCAAGGACGACGAUAUCGCUAGUGUUGCCACGUUGUGCGAGGAUUUGGAGAUCCUUUUAUCUGACGUCGAGCACGAAGAGCCUGUUGAGGUUAUCCCCCCGACAGACUUUGUCCCUGGGACCCUAGACGAAAGAACACUCCCCAUGCUCAGCCACCCCGCGUAUGCAACAACCACCGCCACCAAAAUCCUCCAACAACACCUCAAAAAAACCCUCGAAAUCCAAGACAAAGAAUACCCCGGUGCUCUAGGCUGGUACGUCGACCCCAGACUAAUCAGCACGGUCUACCAAUGGAUUGUUGAGCUGCACUCCUUCGACCCAGAUCUCCCGCUCGCGCAGGACCUCAAAAAUGCGGACCUAAAAAGCAUUGUCCUCGAACUCCGCUUCCCGCCCCAAUUCCCGCUAAGCCCGCCCUUCAUCCGCGUGGUUCGGCCCCGUUUAUUGCCAUUCCAAAGUGGAGGUGGUGGACAUGUAACUGCCGGUGGCGCGAUGUGUAUGGAGCUUCUUACAAAUACGGGUUGGUUGCCGACUGCUACGAUUGAGAGUGUGUUGCUGCAGGUGCGACUGGCGCUUAUGAGUCAGGAUCCUGCGCCGGCGAGGCUUUUGAGUGGUUGCAAUCUUGAUUAUAACGCUGGGGAAGCAGUGCAAGCGUAUAGACGGGCGUGUAAGGUGCAUGGGUGGGGGAUUCCACGUGGUUUGACAAAUGUUUUUGGGUCUUGAUUGGUAUUUAGGGUGUGAUUUUUUGGAUGUCGCUGGUUUGGAAUGAGAUGCUGAAAGUGAUAUACCCAUGAUCGGUAAUAUGUGGUAUCUCUUCUUAGGAGACAGCUAAUCUGAUCAUUUUUUUGGCUUCCUUGGU